GCAGGCCGCCCCGUCAUGGCGGCCGCCUGAGCGCAGUGGUGAGACUCUCUGGGGGCACUUCGGGUUGCGGCAGGCGGCGGGGCCCUGAGACGUUCACCCGCAGGAUUACGAGAGGACUGAAAAGAGAAGCCUUUCUUCCAGGGUGCUGCCGUCCAUGGUCACCGGCUCCCGCGCCCGCCAUGGACGAGAUCACCUUCAGAAGCGACACUGUGCUGUCAGAUGUCCACCUGUACACCCCGAACCAGCGGCGCCUCAUGGUGCGGCUGAACGGCAUGGGGCAGCCGGUCUUCCUGUCCCAGUUCAAGCUUCUGUGGGACCGAGACUCUCAGACUGACUCAGGGGCCAAGGGUGGCAAUCACACAGAGGGGACCCCUCCCGCCGGCACUGUCUGCAGCCACGUGGGGGCCUCCCUCCAGGCGGGGGCCGACACCACCACCCCAGAAGGGUUGGCGGCUCAGCUGGACGAGGACGGGGACUUGGACGUCGUGAGAAGACCCCGGGCUGCCUCGGCCUCCGAGCCACCAGGGCCUCCGAGAGACAAGGUACAUCCCGUGAUCCUAACGCAGGAGGAAGACGACGUCCUGGGAGACGAAGCCCCAGAGAGCAGCCCCUACAACGUCAUCAAAAUAGAGCACACCAUGGCCACCCCCCUGGAGGAUGUUGGCAAGCAGGUGUGGCGGGGUGCCCUGCUCCUGGCAGACUACAUCCUGUUCCAGCGAGACCUCUUCCAGGGUCGCACGGUGCUGGAGCUCGGGGCGGGCACCGGGCUGGCCAGCAUCAUCGCAGCCACCGUGGCACAGACUGUGUAUUGUACAGAUGUUGGUGCAGACCUUUUGGCCAUGUGCCAGCGAAACAUCGCCCUCAACAGCCACCUGCUCGCCUCUGGAGGCGGUGUGGUCAAGGUCAAGGAGCUGGACUGGCUGAGAGACAACCUCUGCACAGACCCCGAGGCCCCCUUCAGCUGGUCCGAGGAGGACAUCUCCCACCUGUACAGCAACACCACCAUCCUGCUGGCGGCCGAAGUGUUUUAUGAUGACGACCUAACUGAUGCUGUGUUUAAAACCCUCUCCCGACUGGCCCACAAGCUCAAGAAUGCCUGCACCGCCAUCCUCUCGGUGGAGAAGAGGCUGAACUUCACGCUGAGGCACCUGGACGUCACGUGCGAGGCCUACGACCACUUCCGCGCGUGGCUGCGGCGGCUGGAGGGGCUGGCUGGCGGGCGCCUGCGCUUCGCGGUGGAGCCGGUGGACGCCUCGUUCCCGCAGCUCCUGGUGUACGAGCGCAUCCAGCAGCUGCAAGCGCAGCGUUGGGCGUGCUGCUCCCAGAAGCAGGAGCUGUGUGACCUGCUGCCAUCCUCGUCCCUUAGACCACGGGGCAGCCUCAGCCUCUCAGAUCCGUGCUGGGACUCAGCACGCAGCCCCUCCACGGAAGAGCCCAGAGCCGUCAGAGGGGCCGCCUGUCCUCCCAGUAGCUUCCACGCUGCCCAGUGUUCACCUCUUGUUGGGGCUUCUCUUUGGCCAAUUUACACCCCUUUGUGAAACUAAAGUCUUGUUUGCUCACCUGGGAAUCCGUC